CCACAAAGCCGGUUUUAUCACAUAACCGGGUAAGUGAACCCAGGGUUUUCGGUAACCCUAGGUUUUCCGUUCCAAAAGGAUCACGGUAUGUUAGUUGCUAUAGCAACAUAUGCUCUGAAUCAAACCUGCCGGUUUUAUCACAUAACCGGGUAAGUUAACCCAGGGUUUGCGGUAACCCGAGGUUUUCCGUUCCAAAAGGAUCAAGGUAUCUUAGUUGCUAUAGCAACAUAUGCUCUGAAUCAAACCUGGUCGGAGCAGGUUUUGCGCAGGUUAAGUUAAAAGAUAACCCGGUUUUGCUCAGGGUAUUUAAACCCGCGUUCACCACAGCUUUUACGUGAUCACAAUGGCAUGCCCUUUUGACGAGAGGCCGAUUGAUAUCGGAGCGCAAAUAAUUCGUGCCAUUCACAGAGAGAGAUUAAUUAGACCACGGCUCGACAUAUUGUCCUUUCCGGAGGACUUUUUGCUGGAGAGAUAUCGUUUUUCACGUGAUUCUUUGCUUUAUUUAAAUAACCUUCUCCAACCAUACAUUGCAAAUGUGACCAAUCGUGGAUCUGCCCUCAGUCCACUCCAAACAAUUUGCACAGCUCUCCGUUUUUUUUGCGACGGGAAGCUUUUUGUACAGCGUAGGAGAUGCUGAGCACAUAGGCAAAGCCACGGUCUGCCGCUCAGUACGUAAAGUCUGUCUUGCGCUGAAGCGGUUGUUGCGGAACUUCAUCGUAUUUCCAGGCCAUAAACCCACGAGACGCAUGAAAAUGGAGUUUCACCAACUUGCAGGAUUUCCAAAUGUAAUUGGGUGCAUUGAUGGCACACAAGUGCCCAUACUGGCCCCAUCUAUAAAUGAGGCAGAUUAUGUGAACAGGAAAGGCUAUCACAGUAUAAAUGUUCAGAUGAUAUGUGAUGCUUCCCACAUGAUCACCAAUGUAGAGGCAAAAUGGCCUGGUUCAGUCCACGAUGCAAGGAUGUAUCGUGAAUCCAAUUUGAGCCGUAAAUUUCAAGAGGGGCAAUUCGAUGGGUGGAUCCUAGGAGAUCGAGGGUAUCCAUGCCUCCCGACGCUCAUCACCCCGUACCCUAAUCCCGCUCCUGGACCACAGACUACAUUAAACCGGGCACACAGCAGAACCCGCGUUAAGAUUGAAAACACAUUCGGGAUAUUGAAGUCCAGAUUUCAAUGCCUACGUGGACUAAGGGUUUGUCCGGAACGGGCAUGCGACAUUAUUGUUGCAUGCGCCGUCCUCCACAAUAUCGCCACCCUGCGCAAAGAGAUGCCUCCCCCCUUUGACCCGUUCCUCGAGGAGGAACACAUUCCCCAAAUGGAUUCAAGGGCUGGACAAAGGAUGCGGGAACACAUUUGCCAAAAUCACUUCAAUUAAAAAAAAAAAAACACCCAACACUGUUUUUAUCAAUCAUUUUUAUUCUUUAGUUGCUGAGGGAGGAAAAAUAAUAUAAUUAGACAUUGAAUAGCAAUAUCAUGUCCGCGUUGAAUUUCUGCCCAACCUCCUUUUUUUACCUCUAUCAGCAGCUUCGUGUACUCCAUUUGCAAAUCAGCCUUAGCGAUUUCCCGCUGAAGAUGAAGUCGAUAUAAUUCUUUAGUAGUCAACUGAA